UCAAAGGGAUAUUAUCGAUAGCAUUUUGAUAGCAUUUUCAGUGGUGAUUUCUACACUUUUAAUUAAUCAGUGUUAUCUGAGAAUUUUAAACAUGACUCCAAACAUCCGAACGUUCGUCAAUAGUUUCCAAAGUCGACUGGAACCUCCAGUACGUCAGCAUCUGAAAAAUGUAUAUGGUACUCUAAUGAUGACAUGUGGAGCUGCCUCAGCUGGAGUGUACAUUGACAUGUACACAAGAUUCCAGGCUGGCAUCCUAUCAGCAAUUGCUGGUGCAGCUCUUAUGUUAAUGCUGAUUGCCACACCAGACACUGGCAAAAAUACAAAGUUACGACUUGGCUACCUUUUAGGAUUUGGGUUGACUGCAGGUAUGGGAAUGGGGCCAUUGUUGGAAUAUGUGAGCAUUGUUGACCCAGCCAUAAUUGUGACGGCUCUGUUAGGCACCACUUUGGUAUUUGUUUGUUUCUCCAUUGCGGCCAUGUUGGGUGAACGAGGAAGCUGGCUCUUCCUUGGUGGACCUCUUAUGACUUUGAUUACUUCCAUGUCACUUAUGACAUUGGUAAACCUUUUCAUGCAAUCUUCUAUUCUAAGUCAGGUUCACCUUUACAUUGGUUUGAUGGCCAUGUGCGGUUUUGUAUUGUUUGACACACAACUUAUUAUUGAGAAGCGCAGGAUGGGAAGCAAGGACUUUGUACAACAUGCUCUGGAGUUGUUCAUCGACUUUAUCGGAAUGUUCCGCAGACUUCUUAUUAUCUUGACACAAAAAGAGGAAAACAACCGUCGUCGUAGACGUGAUUAGAAUCAUCAUAAUAAUUGAUAUUACUCCAUUCAAAAUUAAAGACCCAGGAAAAUUACUAUAUUAGGUGGUGUGGUAUUAAUAAUAAACCAAAAAUAUAAAUAUUAUUUGGAUUGUUUUAAAAAUGAUAAAUUGUUUGUUUGUGUAAAAGUAUUUAUAUAAACAAUAUAUAUGUAAGUGCAAAUCUUGAAAACAAUAACUGCAGGUAAUGUAUGUAAAAAAAUGUUCACAGAGUUAGCCAUAAAAUCAAACCUUAUUAAUUUUAACUUUUAAUUUGUAAUGGGCGAGCAGAAAUUAUAAUAUUUGCCUGAAAAAAUUUGAGACCUGAAAAUUAUUAUUUGAAUAUGUGAACACUGUGACUUUUAUUGGCUUAUAUCCGUAUCCCCUCUCUAUUCGAUCUGUAGAAGUACUGUAAAUGUUCAGUUUACUAAACUACUUAUAAAAAAUACGAAAUAUCUGUUGAAUUAAGUACCUAUUGAGAUAUGUUUUCCUGACAUAAAUGUUGAUCAGUGAUAGCGCUGCUGCAUCUAUCGCACUCACUAUUGGAUGUUUCUUAUAUCAUGAAUUUUUUAUUGCAUUCUAAAAUUUUCUUUAGUAGCAAAUAGUACGUACUGUACACGUUAAAGAGCGGCGGGUCUCGGAUUUUGUAAGACAGAAUAAAGUCACUAUACUUAUACAGGAUAUCAGAUUGUGAUAGCUUCAAUUCAAAAUAAUCGUGCAACAUUCUCACCAUUUUGAGCCGAAGCAUUCUAUCGACGUUCGUAUAUAUAUAAAUAAAUAUAAAAAAGAGAGUAGUAUAUCGUAUAAAAUCGAAAAAAAAAAAAACAAUAUUGUGUGCUCUAUGCAUGUUAGUGUAAAUUACUUUUAUAAAAAUGUUUAAUCAGCUUACAGUAUUUCAACUUUUAUUUAAAUAUUUAAAAUAGUUUAGUUAUAUUUCUUUUUUAAACCAGGUUAAUGGAAAAAUAUAAAACAAUGGGAAAAUUAUUAUAUUACUAUUUGUCCAACGGAUAAUCCUUCUAAAUACAAUAUUUUUUAUUAGGUUCUGGCUAUACAGAAUCUAGCUUUACUUUAAUGCGGGCGUAUGAUAUAUCUCUGACUAAAAAUAGUAAUGUUAUAGAAAACGUUGAACGCUCCUUUGAAUUGUUUAUAAAGAUAAAAGAAUAUUAAUCAAAGUUAAUGUCAAUAUUAAUAGUAAUAAUUAAUGAAUGAUACACAGCAAUUAAAUGUUGACUAUCAAUAUUUUAUUAAAACAACUAAAAUUGGAAUUUAAUUGAUGUGAUUAUAAUAUAUUUCAAAUUUAAGUAAGUACCUUUAAUGCAUUGUUGUUAAAUAAAUUGGAUUAUUGACAG